AUGCCUCGCGCGCUGUGCUUUUUGGUGGCGGCCCUUGGGCCCAGAGUGUUUGCCUACGACUCCUCCAUGUUGAUCUCCAGCAGCGGGGCUUUUUCAGGCUCAGACUCUGCGAGCUUCCUGCAGAAGCCCGUGGUCAACGAAAAGGAUGCCUCGGAAGAGUUCGGCGAGACUGCCGAACCUGUGCACGUAAUUGGCCUGCGCCGUGAAAGCGUUCCCAUUUACCGAAUGGGAAAGAUAGCCUCGUUCAAGACAUCCUACUCUGGAGUUGUCAGCAUUGGCUACCCUCCACAGGACUUCCGUGUGGUUUUCGACACCGGCUCCGCCCACAUCAUCUUACCGGCCGUGGAGUGUCAUACGGAGGCCUGCCUGGCCAACAAUCGGAGGCUCUACAAUCAGGCUGCAUCGACGACGUCCCUGCCAAUCAACGCAGACGGUAGCAUCGUGCACGAAGGGGACGAUGGAGAGCAGGUCACCAUUGGCUUCGGCACUGGUGAGAUCACCGGCGAGUUUGCCAAGGACACAGUUUGUAUGGGUAAAGGCCAGACGGCCGACGAGCGACGCCUUCUCAUGGCGGAGGCCCGAAGGCAGAAGGAAAUCGCCGCUCUGAUCAAGCAGGAGACUCUUGUGGGCGACUACUUGGAGGACGAAGACAUAGCGAAUGCUGAAGGAGCUGAAGUUGUUGCUGACCACAGCCCAAUGUGCGUCGAGAUGAACAUCAUCGUGGCAGUGGAAAUGUCCACGGUGCCCUUCAAGACCUUCAAGUUCGAUGGCAUCCUUGGCCUCAGCUUGGACGGCCUGGCCAUGAAUCGGAACUUCAGCACCUUUGACAUGCUGGUGCGGAAUGGAAUGGCUCGGCAGCCCCAUUUCGGUGUUUUCCUGACCGACAACGAGGACGUUGAGCCGUCUGAGGUAGCCUUCGGUGGUGCCGACUCACGGCGCAUGCUUGAGCCAGUGAGCUGGAGCGAGGUCUACAUGCCCGAGCUCGGCUACUGGAUUGUGCCCAUUCUGGCCGUUCGUGUGGGUGGUGUGGAACUGGACUUCUGCAAGGAUGGCACUUGCCGCGGAGUCGUGGAUACUGGCACCAGCCAUUUGGGUGUCCCGGGGCCUUACGACAAGGAGCUGUCGCAGAUGCUUCAGGUCGAUGCAGGGGAUCUCCUCGACUGCCGGCUCGCGAAGAGCCCAAAUGUGGAAAUCGAUUUGCCUGGGAAGACCAUCGAGCUCCUCCCCGCAAGCUACAUGCGCAGGCUGCCACUGCGCGAGGGCGUCACCGUAAGCUCCGAGAAAGGAGUCACUGUGGAGGACGAGACUGACAAGAGAAAGAAGAAUACAAAGGCCAAAGCAGCCCUGCGACCCGGCUACCACCUCGUCCACAUUGGGCCGAACAAGAACAACACGGCAGGUUCGACGAAGUGUAUCAGGCCGGUUCACGCAGUGAAGUGCCAUCCGGAUGCCGCCAACAAGCGCAGUGACAUCUACACUGACAAGUUCACAGUCUCGGCUAAAGGCGAGGAGAUCUGCGUCGAACGUGUGGAUCAACCGGGAUCUUGGGGUUUGGACCUGGAGUUCCUGUGCCCGAAUCCCCACACAGCUGGCCUGGAAGGGCCCAAGCAGAAAGGCGUGGAGGCGAUCUACAUUGGUCGGCAAGACGGCACCGAGAAGUGUGUGCAGCCUUUUGCCGAGGUGAAAUGCGAGGACACCGAGCAGUUCCGGGUCCGCAAGAAGGACAACCAGAUCUGUGUAACCCCACGCAACAACCCGAGUGAGAUCGACGAGGCUGACCUCGUCCUUCGAUGCAAGGAGGUGGUCCACCCAGCCCUAGAGGGCAUGGAGGAGCUGGUGAUUGGCAGCCACUUUGGUGAGCAGCCCGAGAAAUGCAUCCAGCCUCCCGUUCCUGUGACUUGUGACGUGGAUGCAGCCAACCGGCGAAAGGACCAGUUUCCGGAUCGCUUUGAGGUAUCCGCCAAGCAGGAGAAGAUCUGUGUCAAGAGGAUCGAUGGGAACAGCCAGCAGUGGGGCCUGAACCUAGUGAUCCACUGCAGAUCGCUCGCUGAGACCGUCGAGGACGGCGAGGCAACGAGGCUCGAAGUUUGGGAAGUGUGGGAGGUACAUUUUGCAAGCAGCGUGGCAACACGAAGCAUGAAACUGUCGUUAAAAAUACUUGCUUGCAGUAGCUUAGAUAAGUGCAGGCCAACUGCAGAUGAGUACACGAAGGCCUUUGUGAAGCCGCGUCGAAAAAACCCGAACACUUCUCCGCAGCACCGUAGUCUCUGGGAUUCUCUGAGAAGCUGGAUGCUUCCCCUCGUGUGCUGA